AUGGACGGGAACCGAACCCUCGACCCGAGCUGCAGUGAAAAACCUCCGGUGGCCAUCGACAUCAUUCUCCGUGAGUUGAGCGGUUUGUCUAGGCCAGUAGCUACGCUUUCCAUAACUAGCCAACCAUAACUUUUUAGGUGCCUAGUGCCAAGUGCCGUUAGUUUCUCCAGUUCUGCUGGCAGCUACUUUUUUUCUGACGGAUUGAUUGCGCCUGUACUGUAAACAUUGAAACUGCUUUGCCAAUUUGCCACCAUGCCCCUGGGCUAUUAAACACACAUUCAGGUUGGUUACAUUUUAGGCUACAUUAGCUAGGUUUCCAUCCAAUUGGUGACAGAGUUCCAUGCGAAUAUUCUAAAAUCUGCAGGAAAACAAAGUUAUCAUCUAAUUGAGAUGUUUCCAAAUAUUCUAAAAUCUGCAGGAAAACAAAAUUAUCAUCUAAUUGAGAUGUUUCCAUCAAAUUGACUUGUUACGGAUGGGAUAUUAGGGGGUGACUAGCCACCCCUAAGAACAAUGUGUAAUUGGUGACACAAAAAAGCAAUGUAUGGAGAAAAAAAAUUGGUAUGUAAAGUUUUUUUUUUUUAAGCACCAGGUUUCUUUGUUCUGUCUUUGUUGUUCCUUUUCUAUAGAAUCCAUUAUGUACAAUUACACUAAGUCUUUAAAAUGACAUUCAGGAGCAAAAGGUUUUCAAUAGUUGUUUUUAAUUCAUUAAUAAAAUAUUCAUUGGAACAUAAUAUUGGAAUGGAAUAUAACUAACAACAUUACAUAACAUUGGAAUUGAACAUUUUAAUAACAAUAACUUAACUAAUUAAUUCAGUGUAACAUUGAUGUGGCAACUCUCUUAUGCUCUGCUAUUGCACGACGUGUUUCUAGGGUAUCAAGUGAUUACGAAUGUAAGGAUGUACUUAGACACUUUUGAUGGGGAGUUCAUAUAAUAUAUUUUAAUAUGGUACCAUGGUUAGUUAUAACAGACAUAGCCCUGCCUCUUCCAACUUCCUAACAAAGAUCCCCUCUCUCUAUAUAUACACUCUGUUACAUUUACAUUUUAGUCAUUUAGCAGACGCUCUUAUCCAGAGCGACUUACAGGAGCAAUUAGGGUUAAGUGCCUUGCUCAAGGGCACAUUGACAGAUUUUUCACCUAGUCGGCUCGGGGAUUAGAACCAGCGACCUUUCGGUUACUGGCACUACGCUCUUAACCACUAAGCUACCUGCCGCCACGAACAUCUGGUAAUCAUCAUGGGCACUCCCAUUCUUUGAUGUUAUUACCCUUUGCCCCAAGUCAGUAUAUCCUGUCCAUCAAAUAUUCUAAGAUCAACCUCAGUAAUCUCCUUUGACAUAACGGAAUGUAGACCCUGUGGCACCAAACCACUUAUCUGCUAACUCUAACCUGGUCCACACGAUACUAUGACAUGACAUCAUUACAAUAGGUCACAAAUAAAGCUAUCCCCAGUAAAAGUGGAACACAACUCAUGAGUCCACCUCCUGCACUGCUCACACCUAACCCAGUCCCCACCUGUGAUUGAAAACAGAGGGAGCGAUGGCAAUUGAAAAGCUCUCUUAAAAAACGUAGCUAGCUAUAUGAUAUAAAAUGCUGUGUAAAAUAGCUAAAAGGCCAUAAAGUAAAAUUAACUGUAAAUCUAUCGGUCACUAGUGGAAACAUUUACAACUGCAAUUAAGUUACGUUAUAUUUUUUAAAUGUAUUUUACAUCAAGACAAUCUGGUAGUAAGGUUGCUAGCUAGCACUCCUAGCAGCUUAUGCUAACUAGCUAGCUGGCUAGCAUUUACUGCUAGUGAAGUAGCUAGCUAGCAAGUUAGCAUAAACUAGCACUAACUGGGCUAGUCAUUGUCUAAAUGACUGGUAGAAACAUAUUCAUAACCAUAAAGGGGUAACUAGCCACCAGGGCCAGUUACCCCCUAGUAAGGGGGGGUGAGUUGCACCCAACACACUCAUCCAACAUAUUACUGCUUUACUCAAAAAUUAUCUAAAUGUCUCUUUAAACAAGUGGAUUAUUUAUCUUAAGGCUUUCCUACUUGUAAAUAUAAAAAAAAAUAUAUAGAUCUGACUUCAGUGGAAUACAUCUAAAACUUUUUCAAAAAUAUCAACAUUUUUGAUGAACUUACCACAAAAUCGUUUUGUUGAAAUAUCUCCAAAAGUUGUGAUGAUACAGAGGAAAUGUAUAGUUGAGCAAGAGCAGUGGCAGCCAGGUUAAGUGUUAACAUGUCAUACUAAUUUUAGUGUCCCGGAUUUACAUUUACUAUGUCUAGUCUAUGAGACCAGGCUGGGAAACCUGGUUAUAGUUACAGAUUUAGCUGCAUAAUACAUUCAGUCCCUAUUGAGACUGUUGGAGUCUGGAGAGAUUACAUUUUUAAGAAAUAAUAAUCCCUUUUAUCCAAUAGUAAUUUAGAAACUCGCAGUCAGCAACUUGCUUAUGUUUCCUCCACUAUAGUGUAAAUGGGAACAGUAUUUUUAAUCUGUUUUAUUAUACACAGCCUAGAUGGAAAGUCACUUUCACCUGUGCCUGUUGCUUUCACCCUUCUGUUGUGAUAUAAGUGUAUCAUACAGGCAUGGUCUUUACAGUGUGGAAGGUUAUAUGCAUACUAGGCAUACACACUGGUUUCAGUCAACUGCAAUCCAUCUUUCACAGAGAAAGAGAAUAAUACAACUAGCUAGCUCUCUGUAAUGGGAAAUGAACAGUGCACUCACACAAUAACAGUAUUUGUUGCUGUUUAGAGGCUUGAUGAUGGUCUGAGAAUGGUUGAACCCCAAAACAAUGUUUUUUAGGGGUUCCAUCACAUCAUGUUACCCGUGGCUGGCCACACACUGGUAUCUAGCCUAUAGUGUCCAUCCUGGUCUGAAGGCCUACUUACAAUCCUAAAGGAUUGUCACGCAAAGUAGUUUCCCUCCACAGCAAGCCACGGUUACAGUAGGAACAGUACAAAUAGGAUGCGAGGGAUACUCUUCGGGGCAUUGACUGUUUGGACAAGAUAACUGUAGGUCUGACCAAUAGCAGGCAGGCAUAGCAUGCGUGUUCUGUAGAUCCGCCCAUCUUUAAUGUUUGACCACAUGGUCAACAGUCCUACAUCAUACCCCUGCUCUGCAUCACUCUGGAAUAACCUGAGUUCUGAAUCUGGUUUUGAUGUUGAUAUUGUGUGUGAGUUGGAAAGGAGGGUGCAUUUUUCCUCCCUAAUGUUUAAGUUACAGUAAGCUAAGCUGGGGUAAGCAGACGCUAGAUCUGAAGAAGCAACAAUUUAAUGACACCUCAUUAAAAACACAUCUGUAACUCGCUGGAGUGAACUGAAACAAUAGGCCCUACAAUCCUCUCACCCUCCCUCUCCUCUCUCUUCUCUAAUCACGUCCUUAUGGGCUUGUCUCUGCCUCUUUCACAAACCAAGAUGCUCUCCCAGAAAUCAGGGAGCAAGGACUCCCUUUUCCCACUUCCCUAAGGAAUUAACAUGAUCCACACACACCCACACAGUUGUGAAAAGGGCACGACAGCGCCUCUUCCCCCUCAGGAGGAUGAAAAGAUUUGGCAUGGGCCCUCAGAUCCUCAAAAAGUUCCACAACUGCACCAUUGAGAGCAUCUUGACUGGCUGCACCACCACUUGGUACAGCAACUGCUUGGCAUCUGACUGCAAGGCGCUUCAGAGAGAAGUGCGUACAGCCCAGUACAUCACUAGAUCGGAACUCCCUGCCAUCCAGGACCUCUAUAUCAGGCGGUGUCAGAGGAAGGCCCAAACCUAAAUAGCUAAUCAAAUGGCUACCCGGACUACCUGCAUUGACACGACAAUGGGCCACAGGAUCUCGUCACGGUAUCUCGGUCCAUUCAAAUUGCCAUUGAUAAAAUGCAAUUGUGUUCGUUGUCUGUACCUUAUGCCUGCCUGCCCAUACCAUAACCCCACCGCCACCACUCUGUUCACAACAUUGACAUCAGCAAACUGCUCGCCCACACGACGCCAUACACGCUGUCUGCCAUCUGCCCAGUACAGCUGAAACCGGGAUUCAUCCGUGAAGAGCACACUCUAAGUUCUCUAAGUGUGCCAGUGGCCAUUCAAGGUGAGCAUUUGCCCACUGAAGUCGUUUACGACGCCCAACUGCAGUCAGGUCAAGACCCUGGUGAGGACGACGAGCACGCAGAUGAGCUUCCCUGAGAGUUUGACAGUUUGUGCAGAAAUUCUUCGGUUGUGCAAACAUCAAGUAACUCAUGCCUGCAGUAAAAGUAGAUUAAAAAAAACAGAUAAAAAUACACUUUAUGGAACAGUGGGGACUGUGAAGCAACACAAACAUGGACACAUGCAUACCAACAUACGCACUAUACACACAUGUACACAUGGAUUUUGUGUUAUAGAUAUGUGGUAGUGGAGUAGGGGCUUGAGGGCACACACUUAAUAUGUUAUGUAUGUAUUGUAAUGUUUUUAAAAUGUAUAACUGCCUUAUUUUUAUUUAUUUAACUAGGCAAGUCAGUUAAGAACAAAUACUUAUUUACAAUGACGGCCUACACCGGCCAAACCCGGACGACGCUGGGCCAAUUGUGCACCACCCUAUGGGACUCCCAAUCACGGCCGGUUGUGAUACAGCCUGGAAUCCAACCAGGGGGUCUGUAGUGACGCCUCAAGCACUGAGAUGCAGCCUUAGACCGCUGUGCCACUCGGAAGCCCUUAAUGUUGCUGGACCCCAGGAAGAGUACCUGCAGCCUUGGCUAAUGGGGAACCAUAAUAAAUACAAAUACAAAUAUAAACUCAGCAAAGAAAGAAACGUCCUCUCACUGUCACCUGCGUUCCACAGACAUGUGACUAACAGAAAUUGAAUAAUGUGUCCCUGAACAAAGGGGGGGAGGGGGGGUCAAAAUCAAAAGUAACAGUCAGUAUCUGGUGUGGCCACCAGCUGCAUUAAGUACUGCAGUGCAUCGCCUCCUCAUGGACUGCACCAGAUUUGCCAGUUCUUGCUGUGAGAUGUUACUCCACUCUUCCACCAAGGCACCUGCAAGUUCCCAGACAUUUCUGGGGGGAAUGGCCCUAGCCCUCACCCUCCGAUCCAACAGGUCCCAGAUGUGCUCAAUGGGAUUGAGAUACGGGCUCUUCACUGACCAUGGCAGAACACUGACAUUCCUGUCUUGCAGGAAAUCACGCACAGAACAAGCAGUAUGGCUGGUCGCAUUGUCAUGCUGGAGGGUCAUGUCAGGAUGAGCCUGCAGGAAGGGUACCACAUGAGGGAGGAGGAUGUCUUCCCUGUAACGCACAGCGUUGAGAUUGCCUGCAAUGACAACAAGCUCAGUCCGAUGAUGCUGUGACACACCGCCCCAGACCAUGAUGGACCCUCCACCUCCAAAUCGAUCCCGCGCCAGAGUACAGGUUUUGGUGUAACGCUCAUUCCUUCAAUGAUAAACGCGAAUCCGACCAUCACCCCUGGUGAGACAAAACCGCAACUCGUCAGUGAAGAGCACUUUUUGCCAGUCCUGUCUGGUCCAGCGACGGUGGGUUUGUGCCCAUAGGCGACAUUAUUGCCGGUGAUGUCUGGUGAGGACCUGCCUUACAACAUGCCUACAUACCCUCAGUCCAGCCUCUCUCAACCUAUUGCGGACAAUCUGAGCAUUGAUGGAGGGAUUGUGCGUUCCUGGUGUAACUCGGGCAGUUGUUGUUGCCAUCCUGUACCUGUCCCACAGGUGUGAUGUUCGGAUGUACCGAUCCUGUGCAGGUGUUGUUACAUGUGGUCUGCCACUGCGAGGACGAUCAGCUGUCCGUCCUGUCUCCCUGUAGCGCUGUCUUAGGCGUCUCACAGUACGGACAUUGCAAUUUAUUUCCCUGGCCACAUCUACAGUCCUCAUGCCUCCUUGCAGCAUGCCUAAGGCACGUUCACGCAGAUGAGCAGGGACCCUGGGCAUCUUUCUUUUGGUGUUUUUCAGAGUCAGUAGAAAGGCCUCUUUAGUGUUCUAAGUUUUCAUAACUGUGACCUUAAUUGCCUACCGUCUGUAAGCUGUUAGUGUCUUAACGACCGUUCCACAGGUGCAUGUUCAUUAAUUGUUUAUGGUUCAUUGAACAAGCAUGGAAAACAGUGUUUAAACCCUUUACAAUUAAGAUCUGUGAAGUUAUUUGGAUUUUUACGAAUUAUAUUUUUUUGCUGAGUUUAAAAGUGUAUUUGUGUAUGUGUCAGCUUAUUCUUCGUUAAUUGUGUGUGCGUGCGUGCGUUUUUAUGUGUGAGUGUCACGUCUCCUCCCGUUGCUCCCCUCCGGCGCUCUGAUUCGCCAGUCUACUGAGCCACCGGUCGGAGCGCACCACCUCGGCAACACCGGAAUGGAAACCCAACGCACCCUAAUCACCUCCAGCGCACCUGCACCUCAUCAUCUCAUGACCACCCCUAUAUAGCCCUGGACUGUUCAGUGUUGUGUGUGAUUGUUAGUGUUUUGUCGUGUACUCGCUCUUUGUUGUUCUCUUGCUCAGUGUUAAGUAAACCUUCGUAUCCUCAGUACUCGUCACAGUGAGUUAGUUACUCUGUGUUUGACAGAGGGAUUGGUGCUGUUUUUGAUUUCCUGUUCACUACUUUUUGUUGUCUUGUUUUCCCAUAAACACCCACGCUUUCCAGAAAAUAAACAGUCAUCUUUUCAUUACAUGUUUUUCAGAACUGGGAGGUCAGAAAUGAGUUCCAGAGAACAAAGGGGGUUCUUAUUGUCCCUCCUGGCCCUUUAGUUUUACUUAUUGCUUUCAUCAAUCUGUUUUCUUUUAUCACAUCAUUGCAGGUGAAGGGAGGGGACACCAGGAGAGGAAGCACUUUAGACUUUUGAAACUUACCCUAUAGUCUUAUAGAUUUGAACUGUCUCUGUCUCUCUCUCUCUCUCUUAUCUGUCUCGCUCCCCCCCCCCCUCUCUCUCGCUCUCUCUGUCCUUAGAGUUGGACAUCUUUGGUAUCAUCCUGUACUCAGUUCUGACCUUCAUGGCAACGGUUUCCAUGCUGGUCUACAUAGAGGAGUGUUGGUACAUCUACCGGAAGGUUCCCUCCCACAAGAAGAGUGCCAUCAUCUGGGUCAAUGGGGCAGCGCCGGUAAGAACACACUGAAGGCAGCCUUCGAUCUGGUACUUACUAGUACUACUGCUGUAUCCCCCUACAGUAGAAAUGCAUGCGGCCAAGGAACAAAAUAAAAACUUGAGUUAUGACCAAUCCGGUCAGUUUACUAGGAAAUGCUAGGGCAGUAGCAUGGUUAGGAAGACUGCAUUGUUAAAGGAUCCAAACUAAGGCUGUAUGUCUCUGCUGAAUGUCUGUGUGUGUCAGGUGAUCGGCACCAUGUCCUGUCUGGGGAUGUGGAUUCCCCGAGCCACCAUGUUUACUGACAUGACCUCCGCCUGGUACGUCACUCAUCCAUCCCUCCCUCCUUUUCUAUUUCCUUUCUCUCUCAUGUCUUUCAUUUUCUCUACAUAUUGUCUGUCUCUCCCAUCCCUAUCCUCUUUCCUCUCCUCUACCUUCAAUCUCUCCGUGUGGAUCUGGGUUCCUCUUCAUCUCAGACCCCUUCUGUGACAGGCGGGAAACCCUGUAGAGAGCAGGAAGACGUACACUGUGUCAGCAAAACAUACAGAGCUACUAAAGACACUAUUACAAUAGUCUGUGUAGAUCUUUCCAAACUCAUCUCUCCCUCUGUCUAUCUUCCAUCCUUCACUCCUUGGUGUUCUUGGCGCGUGUAACACGUUUGUCUCCGCAGCUACUUUGCGAUCGUAGUGUUUAAGUUCCUGGUGCUAAUGAUCGAGGAAGUGGGGGGUGACGAGGCGUUUCUACGGCGAGCAGGGAAGAACAAACUAAAGAUCAGUACUGGUCCCUGCUGCUGCUGCUGCCCCUGUCUACCCCAUGUUAACAUCACACGGUAACACACACACACACACACACACACACACACUGUUCAGGAUCAAAUGUAUUUCAUAACAAGACCCAUUUCUCGGUUGCGUCAGAGUCCAGCUACUAGUUUAGUAGUAAAACAAUAUCUGUAUUGAUUCAGGGCCUGGCAGGUAGAAUCUACUCCUGGCCACUCCCCCUCUCUCUGAAUGGGCCCCUCCCCCUCUCUCUGUAUGGGCCCCUACACGUCUCACAUCAGAAAACAUUAUCACCCCAAAUAUGCCCCCUCCUGGUCAUUGCACCCUAUAGGACUGAGUAAAGAGUCACGACGUACUACAAAAUCGUACAAAUAUGUAAAAAUGGGAUUAUUACAAUCAAGUAUAAUUCUGUGUUAAAAAUAUGUUGAUAGAAUGUUUUUUCCUCCGGUUUUCCCUUAGACGGAGUCUGUUCCUGCUGAAGUUGGGAUCGUUCCAGUUCGCCCUGCUGAAGCUCGUCUUCACAGUUCUGUCAAUCAUCCUCUGGACCAAUGGCAACUUCAACAUUACAGAUGUGAGUGUGGGGCGUCAACACACGCAUACCUACGAUCACACACACACAGAACCAUACUCUGCACAAACACACACACACACCCAUAUGAAAACUCGCGCGCGCAUACACACAGACACACUCCCGCACAUACACACACAGACGUAACAGUGUUGCCUCCGUCUUUCUGCGCUCCUCAACCAGACACUAGCUAGCCAUUUCACAUCAGCUACAUUGAGUAUGCAUACACAUUCUCAAUACGCGCACACACACACACUCACACACACACACACUCCCAACACUGUGUGAGCGUGUGUUCCAGGUAGCGAUAACUGGAGUAGCUAUCUGGAUUAGCCUGGGUAUGGGGGUCCUGACCAUCAUAGCACUGUGGCCUGUAGCCAUCAUGUUCAUGCAUCUCAGGACCACGCUGCGCAGCCUCAAGAUCAUUCCCAAAUACGCCAUGUACCAGGUGAGAUUACACACACACACACACACACACACACAAGCACACAUUAUGUAAGUGAGCCAAUCAGAGGAAAGAUUUACAGCAGGGCUCUCCAACCCUGUUCCUGGAGAGCUACCGUCCUGCAGGUUUUCACUCCAACCCUAAUCUAGCACACUUGAUUCUAAUAAUUAACUAGUUGAUCAGCUGAAUCAGGUUAGUUACAACUGGGGUUGGAAUGAAAACCUACAGGAGGGUAGCUCUCCAGGAACAGGGUUGGAGAACUCUGGUAUACAGUAAGGCCCUCAACCAAUCAUAGGUCAGUUAAUACCCUGAAACAGCAAAUUAUAACUUGUGUUUACCUGUUUACUCCUGCUGAGCACAGUGUUUUUGUGUUUUACCCAUGAUGCUGUGUGUCUGUAUAGUUGGUGCUGGUGCUGAGUCAGCUCCAGUCAGCCACCAUCAACAUCCUGGCUUUGAAGGGAACCAUCGCCUGCACCCCGCCAUACUCCUCACAGGCCAGGGGAUAC